UAACCUAACCUAACCUAAGCUAACGUAACCUAACCUAACCUAACGUAACGUAAGCCAUGAGAAAAGCAGAAGAACGACAUUGUGUGUUGCGGUGCGCGUGUUGAAGCCCCUGGAGGUGCACGAUGAGUGUUCUAGGAGGCUACAGCGGAACCUCCACGCCCUCAAUACCCGGACAGCAUCACCCAACAUCGCUGCAUCAUCCCGUAUCGUUGCACGGCCAAGAUUCGUUCUACCAUCACCACCAGGCGGCAGCAGCAGCGGCCUUUUAUCACCAGCAGAACCCACAUCACCAUUAUUUGCACCAUUUGCACCAAGGCAGUAACGUCGCUCCGGGAACGGACGCCAAUUUCUGGAACAGCGCAGCUGCGGCCUCCAGCCACCACACGACCCCAUGCAGUAGUUCAUCAUCAGGUCCCGGGACCCCGACGGGGUCCAGAGGUGACGAGUCCCCCAGUUAUGACGAGCACCACCUUCACCAUCACCACCAAGACGGCCUCGCCCCCCUCGAGGACGCCGGCACUCCCCCCGCCAGCGGACAGCAACCGGUCAUCAUAGCGCACUACCCCGGUGGCAGAACAGACACCUGUGUUCCCACCCAAGAGUACUGCACCAGUUCCACGUAUUACACCACAGCGUCCGGGGUUCCCGUCAGAGUGGUUAAGAGACGCAACUGCGCGAACAAGAAGGAGCGUAAGAGGACUCAGAGCAUCAACAACGCGUUCGCCGACCUCCGGGACUGCAUCCCCAACGUCCCGGCGGACACGAAGCUUUCGAAGAUAAAGACUCUGAGGCUGGCCACGUCGUACAUCGGCUACCUGAUGGGCGUGCUGGAGAGCGACGACCCCGUGGCCUGCGAGCCGAGCUGGUGCACACCGGGGGCGGCAGGAGGGCGAGCACGGGGUCGGCGGACUACGUCAUGGCGGCGAACAGAGGCGCGGACAGGAGGUCAGCGGGAGAGGUGGGGAGCAGCACCGUACUUGGAACGGAGUUCGAGGGCCACCGGAAAGGCAAAGGGAGGACGGGAUGGCCCCAACACGUCUGGGCUCUGGAACUGAAGCAGGAACAGCUUUAGCGCGCGACGCCGUCAUCACCAUAUUAGAUAAUUUAUUAUUCGAACGACAGUCUAAAAUAUACUGUAGUGUUAGCUAAGUAUAACCAAGGCCUUUUCUGGCAUGCUGUGUAUCCAGACGGUCAACCCAAGUCAGAAUUUGGUUUCCUGAGCCAAAUAUUUAAACACAUAAGUGAGAAGUAAAUGAUUACGUACUUCAGAGUGUGGAAUCUCUUAAGAUGUGACCAGAAUAUUUUAUAAACGACCUGUUGAAACCAGAGGAAUGUAUUAUAGCUUAAUUCCAUACUAAGAACGUGGGGUCUUGAUGGUGCCAAAUGAGGCAUGCACUCGGGUAGUUCUGCAGAUUAUUGUUACGACAUCCAUCAAUUUUGCUACUCAACACAAAUUAAAUUAGCAUUAGAUGAGUUUCAACUUGAGAAUUUAUAACUUGUAGGUCCAGCUUUCAAAAACACUUUUUCUUACAGAUCUCAACAUUACACCUUAGUUAUUUUGGCCAGUGAUUUUAUUAUUAGAAAUUGUGUUUUGUAUUCUUCGUCAGUCGGGACAACUACAAAGUGAAAUGUACAGUUUUAUCGUAGAUAUUAGAUGUAACUAACAUAUUUGUAUCUCUAAGAGAACACAAACUGAGUCUAUUAUUAUCGCAAAAUCCCUAUUAUAUCUAAAUUAUUUCAAAGAACGUAAUACGUUCUGUGGACUAUACGCUCUGCCUUGUUCCAAUUCAGAAGUAACUUAAGAGAUUAUUAGCCUUCUACGAUAUUCGUUAGAACCCCCACAGAUGGGAGAUCAGCACAUCGCGAAAUUUCCAUCUACGGAAGAUUACGUGAAGAUGUGUCCGUGUCUCGAAUGGGAUUCGAACCCACUACUCCGACUCCGAAGUGGUCCGCUAACUUACACUUCUCAUAGACCCUGCUUGACUUUGAUGUCCUCUGAAACGUCGGUAAGCCAUCUUCAUGAAAUAGGAAACAUUUCUGUCGGCAUUAAGACCUAGACAAAUCGUCUAAGUGACUUUUAAUGACGUAAACUGGACUGAAUAAAUUAUGAGCAGGCAGGCGCGUCACAACGGCGGUUCUGAGUUACCAAAUCACGUAAAAGUCGUCGUUUAACAGCAGAACAAUACCAGGUAGACGAAUGUAUAAAUAACUCGAAUUCCGAUGGAAAACCUGGGGUUUUGCAAAUUAUAGAAUUAUCGAUUCCAUAGCAUAAAACAUGUGCAUUUGACAUGUCAAUAUCAUCGUCGUUUCGGUAGAUGUUGCAUCCUCAUGCGCGUUCACCCCGAUUUGUUUCGGAAUUGUUGGACAUAGAGCUAAACGCCCGGAGGAAUCCGCAAAAUGUCCUUAGACCCGCCAUGUCUCUUUGUCCGUCCGCACGUAACAACUGCCCGAUUAAAUUUUCAUAGUACCCGUCAGCGUAGAAUCCUAUUACAGGCACGAAACUCGCAUUUAAUCGAUCUCACGAACUUCGAGAUAUUUAAAUCGAGUUGAUUUUCAAGAAGUUGUCUCAUAACCCGACAUCCGGUGGACUUACUCCAAUUAGAUUCUACAUUAGACGUCCUUGCUUAUCUGCAUCGCCUGUUCUACGAUAUUUAUAGACAUCGGACGUCAGUUUUCACGAAUUGCAGACUGUAAUAUGAGCAAAUGCGCUAUAAUUGUACAUGUUUAGACAUGUCGAAUCUCGGUAAAGUUUCUGAGCAUGCGCUGUGCGUUCUAUAUGGCCGUCAACACCCUUGCACAUGCGCAGAUACAAUCACAGGAGUUACUUAUCACUGCAAGGGUUCAGCUCAUUUCAAGCCUUAAUGAACCUGUUCCCACAGGCCGUGUUAAAUUUGAGUGGGGUUGUCUAUGCCAGUGGUAUUCAACCUUUUUUGUUCGCGUACCCCCCAGAUAUAAUUUCUCUUCAACUUUGUACCCCCAGAGUUGUUGGUGUAUAAUUCAAGUUAUACAUAGUAUAUAAUCUACAUCUAAAAUAAAUUAAAUAAAUUACAUUACUGAUUAUUCAGUGUUUAUCAUAAAAUAAUAUUUUUCUUUAAAUUUCACGUACCCCCGGGGGUACGCGUACCCCAAGUUGAAUACCACUGGUCUAUGCAACUAAAGUCCGCAUGUUCUUCGAUCGAUUACAUCAAACCAGAUCAAUUUUUCCUUAGAAGUAUUAAAACGUGGUAUUAAAAUAAAAUUAAAAGUCCCAGCAUUCAUACUUCCUCAGUAAGACGUUAAUUUGAAAAAGAAAUGUUCCAGUAUCAAGUAGUUCUUAUCGCUGUUUAGAGAUAGCGUUUUUCUAUGUUUCUAUAUUCUAUGACAUUUUUACCCACAAACGUCACAUCGUUACACUAAAAAUAACCUAUGACCGCGAUGUGAAAUGGUAAUUUGUCAAACUACGAAACCAAGGCACUUGAAGGGCGGCCGAGUUCAAGUAUUUCAACAAAACCCUCCUAAAAUAUUUUAAGAAACUGAGAGAAACGCUACUUUGAUUUGAAAUUAACCUGACAAAUAAUUCCUGUGCUCCAAUUUAGGUCAUGUCACUUUGAGGCGUGAUGAAAGUGUUAAUAUCUGAAAAUAAUCGUUUAAUAUUCAUUUUCCGGCGUUCUCUGUCUUUUGAUUCAAGGGGUAAUUUCAUUUUAUAUCGACAUGUCAACAUCACUAGUUGUUUAAUGUUGCUGGUAAUUGCAAAGUUCCACUAGAUGUCAUAUUUCUUCAAUACGUGAUAGCAAUAUUUUACAAUGUAAAUACAGCUUGCAGAGACUGUACUGUGAUGUCCAGCCACUGGAAAUAGUCGUAAUUAGAUUAAUCUUUCUUCUACGUACUAUUUUAUUUUCACAUUAAGCAUUGAUGUGACUUACGUUAUGUAAAAUAAGCAAAAUAAAUGAAAAUAUAAUUUAAAAUCUUGA